AUGAAGUUCUGUCGCCAAAUCGAUCUGCGCUUCUUAUGGGUCGAUCAGUUGUGCAUUCCCCAAAGACCGGGCUCGGUCGACCCUGAGAUCCACCACAUGGCGUCAAUCUACUCCGGAGCAACUUGGGUUCGACCUGGUACAAGGCAUCCUGAGUCACAGCACCAGGCCAUUGUAGAUGGCUUGAGGCUCAUGAUAUGCUACCCAUCGCUUUUCACGGAAAUUGAGAGCUCAGUCUGGUUCAGUCGCGGCUGGACAUUUCAAGAAGCAGCAUUUUCGAAACGAGUCUUUUUCUUCACGACGUCACAGACCUUCUUCCUGUGUCGCGAGACGAUGUACUGCGAGGAAAGUGUCUGGGAAGUACCAGAUGGUGAUUCCAUGGCAGCUUGGGCAAACACCAAAACGAUAGAGGCUGAGAGAAUAAAGGAUCUAAUCAUCCUCCACACCUCAAAUGAAUCGUACCCAGAGGGGGGUUAUUACAGGAGUGUCGAAGAGUACACUAAGCGGACCCUGGGUUAUCCCCAGGAUAUCCUUAAUGCGUGGGCUGCCGUGAUCCAGUGGAUGGAGGAGGACAAGAAGCGGGGAUCGACUUGCAGUUUCGGUCUUCCCUUGGACCAGUUUGGGUUCGGGCUGGGAUGGCAACCUCUCCAUGGCCACAACCCCGAUCCUGUCAACCAGCGAGCCGGCUUCCCUAGUUGGAGCUGGUCUAGCUUCCAAGGUCCAGUUGAGUGGUGUCUUGAAGUACCUUAUAGUACACGGACGUCUGGUGGAGGGCGAGAGAGCUUCUGGGGUAGGCCCGGCAUCGUCCAAGAGACAGACAUUGACAUAACGUUGCGUGAAAGAUAUGAUAGAUAUCUCUCACCAGUGCGUAUAUCUCAGAGUCCUUUCGCGCCACAAAAUCCCAUCCUGGAGUUCAAAACCUCAGCUGCUCAUAUUACUGUCGCCAGAAAACCCGACGGCAGGACUGGGCUACCAACCUUUGAUAUAACAGAAACCGACGGGUAUUCGAUUGGAAGCCUGCAGUGUGAUCCUGGUUGGCGUGACAAACAGCCAGAUAGGCUAGAGUUUAUCGUCUUUGCCACUGCCAAACUGACAGAUCCUCAGCCUCCCCAGUAUUCCGGAUAUCCUGCCGGUUGUGGAACGAGCCGAUAUAACGCCAAAAUGAGCGGUCGCUUAUUUUCCGAUCAAUACAGCUAUGAAGUCGCUGUCUCUCGAUGGCAAGAUUUAUGCUCAAAGGAGCGAUUUGUACUUGAUUUAAUGUGUAUCUCCAGGGGAAGUGACGGCCUCGCCCGAAGGGUUCAAGUUUGCCAUGGAAUAUCCUUGGAUCAAUGGCUAACUCUAGAGCCCAGGGAAGUCUUCGUCAGACUUGGAUAA